UUUUGGCAUAUACAGUUUGUUUGUUGUUUUGUAAGAAAACUGUUAGGACAAAUAUUUAUAUAUUUGUGCCCUCUUAAUUUCUCCGUUAUAUUUGUAAACGUGCUAAUUUUAUUUUAACAAAAUGGCAGAUCCGGAGGACGAGCUUUGUCCGCCCCCAAACGAGGAUGAUGAAUUGACGUUGCCGCGCGCAAGUAUUAACAAAAUUAUAAAAGAAUUAGUACCAUCAGUGCGCGUGGCGAAUGAGAGUCGGGAGCUGAUUCUUAAUUGUUGCACAGAAUUUAUACACUUGAUUUCUUCUGAAGCAAAUGAUGUUUGCAACAGACGUAAUAAGAAGACAAUUAAUGCGGAACACGUGUUGGAAGCACUUGACCGAUUGGGCUUCUGUGAUUACAAGCAGGAGGCAGAAGCUGUUCUUAAUGAUUGCAAAGAAGUUGCGGCUAAACGACGUCGCCAAAGUACACGACUUGAAAAUCUUGGUAUACCUGAAGAGGAACUAUUACGACAACAGCAAGAACUUUUUGCAAAAGCACGCGAAGAGCAAGCUAGAGAAGAACAACAACAGUGGAUUAGUAUGCAGGCAACAGCAGUGCAGCAAAGCGCCGAAUUGAUGCAUCGUCAAAUGAAGUCCCAGUGCAGCACAAGCGGUGGUGGCUUAGAUGAUGAAGAUGACGACGAUGAGGAUUACUGAUACUGUAGCCUGAUUCGGAUUAGAUUUAAGAAUGUAUAGAUACAUAUUUUUUAUUUAAUUUUGAACACAAAUAAUACAACUUAUAUUAAUUUAAUGCUAACUAACA